CAGCUGACCCGGUUUGUUUUCUGUUUCUGUCCAACUCUCUGCUGUCACCACCGGCUUCUGAAAUGGACAACUGGACCAGACCUUCUAAGAUCACCUAUAAACGCUGGAAGGAUCCAAAACCGGGGGAUGAGGGAGGUUUUGUGGGUCAGACUGAUGAGGACCAGGUCUCAGAAACAGAGAUUUGCACUGUAGCCUCAGCAGUAAAUCAGUCAGAGGGCAACCAGUCAGAGGGCAACCAGUCCGCAAACAGCUACGAAACUGUUACAAAUCAAGAAACCUUCACUGUAGACGAUGCGCUGGAGGCCAUCGGUUUUGGGAUCUUUCAGUGGAAAAUUUCUCUUGUCACUGGACUGGCAUGGGUCGGGGAUGCCAUGGAGAUGAUGAUCCUCAGCAUCCUGGGACCCCAGCUGCACUGCGAGUGGAGGCUACCAGGCUACCAAGUGGCCCUCAUAACAUCCGUUGUGUUUAUCGGGAUGGGUAUCGGCUCGCCUAUGUGGGGAAACGUGUCCGACAAGUAUGGCAGAAAAACAGGUUUGACACUUUGUAUGUGCUGGAUUCUGUACUACGGCCUGCUGAGUGCCUUCAGUCCAGUCUACGGGUGGCUUUUAGUUCUUCGGGGCUUUGUAGGUUUUGGCAUCGGAGGAGCCCCUCAGUCAGUGACGCUGUACUCCGAGUUCCUGCCAGUGAAAUCGAGGGGCUUCUGCAUUAUGCUGAUUGCGGCUUUCUGGGCAAUCGGUGCUGUGUUCGAGGUCCUCCUGGCCCUGUGGAUUAUGCCCACUCUGGGCUGGAGGUGGCUGCUUGGCCUGUCUGCCAUACCAGUCGGAAUAUUUGUUUGUUUCUGCUUUUGGCUGCCUGAAAGUCCACGUUUCGACGUGCUGUCYGGACGGAGGGAAAAGGCCAUGGCAACAUUAACACGCAUCGCUGCAGAGAACGGCAAGACGAUGCCUCGGGGAACUCUGACUGAAUAUAAACAGCAUGUCCGUGGACGGGUCAAAGAUCUCUUCACUCCUCAGUACCGGACAACUACACUUCUUCUGUGGUUUAUAUGGUUUACGAAUGCCUUCUCCUACUAUGGGAUUGUCCUGUUGACAACGGAGCUAUUCCAAGCAGGAGAUUCAUGUGGUGUUUCCCAAGGGGCCAAGAUUGAGCCAAGGUGCAACCUUGAAUGUAAAUAUUUAACAUCAGAUGACUACAAAGAUCUGUUAUGGACAACUUUGGCUGAGUUCCCAG